AUGAAUCUGAAUCUAAGACUGUGUGCUGUCAAUCUGACACUUGUAUUUAACGUCAAUCAAACACUGGUUGAUGUCAAACUGACACUUGUAUUCAAUGUGCAUCUAAGAAUAUCUGGUGUUAAUCUAACACUUAUAUUUAAUGUGCAUUUAACAAUAUCUGAUGUCAAUCUGACACUUAUGCUUAAUGUGAAUCUAACAUUAUCUGAUGUCAACCUGACACUUAUGUUUAAUGUCCAUCUAACAACAUCCGAUGUCAAUCUGGCACUUAUGUUUAAUGUCCAUCUAAGAACAGCUGAUGUCAAUCUGACACUUAUGUUUAAUAUGAAUCUAACAGUAUCUGAUGUCAAUCUGACACUUAUGCUUAAUGUGCAUUUAACAAUAUCUGAUGUCCAUCUGACACUUAUGCUUAAUGUGAAUCUAACAUCAUCUGGUGUCAACCUGACACUUAUGUUUAAUGUCCAUCUAACAACAUCUGAUGUCAAUCUGGCACUUAUGUUUAAUGUCCAUCUAAGAACAGCUGAUGUCAAUCUGACACCUAUGUUUAAUAUGAAUCUAACAGUAUCUGAUGUCAAUCUGACACUUAUAUUUAAUGUGAAUCUAACCACAUCUGAUGCCAAUCUCACACUUAUAUUUAAUGUGCAUCUAACAAUAUCUGAUGUCAAUCUGACACUUAUAUUUAAUGUGAAUCUAACCACAUCUGAUGCCAAUCUCACACUUAUAUUUAAUGUGCAUCUAACAAUAUCUGAUGUCAAUCUGACACUUAUAUUUAAUGUGAAUCUAACCACAUCUGAUGCCAAUCUCACACUUAUAUUUAAUGUGCAUCUAACAAUAUCUGAUGUCAAUCUGACACUUAUGUUUAACAUGAAUCUAACAGUAUCUGAUGUCAAUCUGACACUUAUGCUUAAUGUGAAUCUAACAACAUCUGAUGCCAAUCUGAUACUCGUAUUUAAUGUGAAUCUAACAACAUCUGAUGUCAAUCUGACACUUAUAUUUAAUGCGAAUCUAACAGUAUCUGAUACUAAAUUUCCGAAUUGA